GACGUCCCUCCCCCUCCCGACCCAGCAGCUUCGGACCCAUGGCGGCCGCAAUGGCAACAGCGGGGUUGUUGGGGAUUUGCUCUCGGCGGUUGCUCGGAGCGGCACGGAGGGUGCCGGCCGCCGCUUCUCUCCGCUGGAGCUCCAGCACGACCGGAGCCGUAGUCGCCCCGCCGGCGGUGGAGAAACGGCCCCGAGCCCCGGAGGUCGACUGGCAAGAAGACCCAGAUAAAGAAGAUAUCAACCUCUAUGAGAAGAACCCAGACUCCCAUGGCUUUGAUGAAGACCCCUUCAUAGACCUCUGGAACAUGAGAGUCGUGUUCUUCUUUGGCGUCUCGAUUGCCAUUGUCCUAGGCUCUACCUUUGUGGCCUAUCUCCCUGACUACAAGAUGAAGGAAUGGGCCCGGAGGGAGGCAGAGCGACAGGUGAAGCUUAGGGAGGCCCAGGGCCUUCCUCUUAUGACUUCCAACUAUUUUGACCCCAGCAAGAUUAUUUUGCCUGAUGAUGAGGACUAGAGCAAACCCUGGCUGUGAAUAAAGCGAUUCUGAUUCUGUUGGUA